AUGGRCUGCUGCCCCUUUGCCAGGCCACGUUCGUGCACAGGAGAAGGAUGCCAAGGGAAAGCUGGUGAAGGACCAGCGGCAGCAGCGGGCAGGGGCAGUCCCRGGUGCAGGGAUCCUCCGCACACAACAGCCCUGGACGAGAGGGGCGCAGGCGUGAGGGGCAGCGAGCAGCAGCGCCGAGCUGCAGGGUCACACGGGCACCUCGGCCAGACGGGCACCACGGGGACAGCAGCAGCGCACAGCUGCUACGGAGGCUUUCGGGAAGCUGGGUCUUUGGAGACGAGCUGGGUGAAGGUCUUGAGGUCUCCRUCUGCUGUGUUCUUCCCAACGCUCUGUAGCAGGCAAGCGCCUCACAGCUCCACCUUUGCGCGAGCUCUGUCCUACAGCGUUYACAGGGCAGCGCUCGCAGCCACCGAGCAGGAGCGGCGCUUUGCGGCCCGCCGUUCCUGCGCGCUAUGGGUUCAYAGGUGCACGGGAACAGCCCGCGGGCUGAGGCAGGCGCGCACAGCGCGGCCAGGGCUCCCGCUCCCGAGGCGCGGCGGCAGCGCCGCCCGGCCUCAGCCGCCCUCAGGCGGCAGCGGCUCUAACCGCCACCCCGCGACCCUAACCGCCACUCCGCGGCCACGCCCUCCCGUCGGGGCUCCCCACCGGAGAGCGCCGCGCUCAUUGGCCACGUCCCCCGCCCACCAGCGGGUCCCACCCCCUCACGCGCCCUGCUGUUCACUUUGCGCCCUCCGACUGGCCGGCGGGCCUGUCAAUCCGCCGGGCGAAGGGCUCUCGCCCCGCCCCGCGCGGAGCCCCGCCCCCGCGGCCGGCGGGGGGGGCGGGGAAGGGCGGGCGGUGCGCGCUGCCGCCGCCGGGCGGUUUCCGCCGCCGCUUCCCCUGGCGCGCUCCCCGCCGGCCCUUCUCGGCUCGCAGCGCGGGCGGGGACCGGCGGCGGGAGCGGCGCCCGCAGGUCGGGGGGCCGCCGCCGCAGCCGCCGCUCCUCCUGCCGCCCCUCCUGCCGCCCCUCCUGCCGCCCGGCCGCCUGCGGCGGAGUGCGGCGCACUACGGAGCCGGGAGCCCCCGCAGCGGCAGCGGCCGCUCCUGCUGCGCGCAGCCGGCGCGGAACGGCCCCCCUCGGCCGAGGUCAGCGCUCUUUGCCGUCGCCGCGCAGCCCGCCGCGCGCCCGGAGGGUGA